UUUAGGAAGACAGUGGGACGAAAACGUGUGCAUCUCUGGGAUUUGUUUACUUUUACUAUGCAAAUCGAUAUGUCAAUACACUUUAUAAAACCAUUUACAUUCGAUUUGUGUUCCGGGUCUUAAGAUAGAUUAAAUCUGUUUUAGUACAUCUGGAUGUUCUUCUUCAUCUAGGUUAGGUGGAGUGUUUUUCUUCACUCUGUUGGGAUACAUUACAGAAUAUCAUCUCCAGGAUGACCGCAGGGUUCAAGAUCACAUAAGAAGAACCAUCAAUGUACAUUCUGGAAUUGUGUGAGUGGUCUAGCACAUAGGUGUCUCAGUGGCACCCUCUGGCAGUUGCCAUGGGCACGGCAUCCUCUUUGGUGAGCCCCGGUGAGGUAAUCGAGGAUGCGUACGGUGGUGAGGGUGGGGAGGCAUGUGAGAUACCAGUUGAGGUGAAACCAAAGGCACGUCUGCUGCGGAGCUCCUUCCGUCGUGGCCCUCGGGUCAUCGGCGCCAGCUUCAAAUCCACGGGUUCGGUGGAGCUUGAAUAUGCUGCCGAAUAUGAGCGCCUGAGGAAAGACUACGAGAUCUUCCGGGUCAGCAAGAACAAUGAGAUCGCCUCCAUGCAGAAGAAGGAAGCCAAGCUGGAUGAGGAGAACAAGAGAUUGCGUGCUGAGCUGCAGGCUCUUCAGAAGACAUACCAGAAGAUUCUAAGAGAAAAGGAGAGUGCCCUGGAGGCAAAGUAUCAAGCUAUGGAGAGAGCUGCCACAUUUGAGCAUGACAGAGACAAGGUUAAACGUCAGUUUAAGAUAUUCCGAGAAACGAAAGAGAAGGAAAUUCAGGAUUUGCUGCGGGCGAAACGAGAUCUGGAGUCGAAACUUCAACAGUUGCAGGCUCAAGGAAUACAGAUUUACGAUCCUGCAGACUCUGAUUCAGAUGACAACCGGACUACUGUUACCACUGCAGGCACUCAGUGUGAGUACUGGAGUGGUGGUGUGUUGGGCAGUGAGCCGUCCAUGGGCAGUAUGAUGCAGUUACAGCAGACACACAGAGGCCCAGAGUUCGCUCACAGUCUCAUCGACGUGGAAGGGCCAUUCGCUAAUGUCAGCAGAGAUGAUUGGGAUGCGGCUGUGGCCAGUCUGUUGCAAGUUUCCCCUCAUGUCUCUCAGGCUUUGUGGAGUAACACAGUUCGCUGCUACUUCAUAUACACAAAGGAGACCAGAGCAGAGUUACAGACCUUUAUAGAGACUUAUUCUUUAAGGCUGCAGAUGUUUUGUGAGAGUUUGGGUCAUUUCUAUCUGAAUGUGUCAUUUCCUGAGGAGAAGGCUGUUCUGUAUGCUGCUGAACGCAUACAGGAGAUCGAGAGGAGCUCUGUGUGUGUGCUGCUACUCAAGUCCUCAGUGUCCAGUUGUGUUGUAGAGGAUGUGGAGGAAGCCUUUGUGAAGACCCCAGACUCUCGUCCUCUCUUGCUGUAUUUGCGUACUGGAGACAGAAAUGGAGAGAAGGAGGAGGUCUCCACUCUCAGCCCUGCCACCAGAGAACUGCUGGAAAGAGUUAACAAGGCUGACAAGAAUGCCAAGCUUAAGGUGGUGGAUCAUGUAGGAUCUGCUGAGGAAGGAGCUGCUCUGAUAUUCUCUCAGCUCGAAAGAAUUAUCAAACAGGAGUUGUUGGGGUUGGAGUUAGAGGAGUGUGGUGCAGUGGAGGAGAGAGAGGAGGAAGACUCUGGUGAUGUGCUGUGGGAUCUUCAUGAUGAGCAGGAGCAAAUAGAGGCACUCCAACAGGCAUGCAGCUCUGCAGCCAAAUUCAGCUUUCAAAAGUAUGUUGACCGACUGAAUGACAUGGUAGCCGCCCCUCCACCCACCCCACCACUGCUAGUGUCUGGUGCACCUGGAUCAGGGAAAUCUCUUUUGCUUGCUAAAUGGAUAGAAUUACAGCAGAAAAACUCUCCCAACACUCUCAUUCUCCAUCACUUUACUGGACAUCCUCUCUCCACCAGUGCAGAUCCUGUGCUCAUCAUUAAACGCCUCACAGUGAAGCUACUCCAGCAUUUCUGGUCUAUCUCUGGACUCUCAAUGGACCCUUCUAAGAUUCUCGAGGAAUUUCCACGCUGGCUAGAGCGACUGUCCGCACGUCACCACGGCAACAUCAUAAUCAUCAUUGACUCCAUUGACCAAAUACAGAAUGCAGAGCGCCACAUGAAGUGGCUGAUUGAUCCUCUUCCUGCUAAUGUAAGAGUGCUAGUGUCCGUUAAUGUGGAGACCUGCCCACAGGCAUGGAGGCUGUGGCCCACACUGCACCUGGACCCUCUAAAUCCCAGAGAGGUCAAGAGUGUCAUCAGCACAGAGUGUUCGAGCACAGACAUCAAACUCACCAAAGACCAGGAAAAGAAGUUGGAGAGACUCUGCCGUUCAGCUGCAACAUGCAACGCUCUCUAUAUCUCUUUAUUGGCCAGACUCAUUACACACUCCAGAUCCUCUUGGACAUUGGAAAGGACUCUACACCAGUGUGUUUUGUCUCAGGAUACAGUAUCACUGUACAGACUGGGCCUGAAAGUGGCGCUAGACUCACUCAGCACUGAUCAGGAAAAGCAUGUCAUGAGAGAGUUAUUGUGCCUGGUAUGUGCUAGUCACAAUGGUAUCAGCGAGUCGGAGACAUUGGAGUUGUUCCCAGAUCUGAGUUUCCCUGCUCUCACCUCAGUGCUCCACAGUCUACAGAGAUUGCUCAUCAUUACUUAUGCCUGUGGCCUCAUACGCUUCCAACACCCACAGGCAUGUGAAGCGGUCAACCAAGAGUUUAUGGAUAUGGGGAAAUGCUGUGGAUACUACAGAAAGACACUCAUUCAGUUCUUCAGUCAACAGCUGGAUCAAGAUAGAGUAACAUGGCGUGUGGCUGAUGAGUUGCCGUGGUUACUGCAGCAGCAGGAAGAUGGAAGUAAACUCCAGAUGAGUCUGCUUAACCUGUUUGUGUCUCAGAACCUCUACAAGAGGGGUCAUUUCUCAGAGCUGCUGGCAUACUGGCAGUUUGUUGGCAAGGACAAAUGUUCCAUGGCGACAGAGUACUUUGACUCAUUAAAAGCAUUUGAGAAGACCUGCGAGAGUGAGCAGAGCAUGAGCCGACUGGCCAAUCUGUACGAGACACUGGGCCGCUUCCUCAAAGACCUGGGACUGCUCAGCCAGGCGGUAGCCCCCUUGCAGCGCUCCUUAGAGAUUCGCGAGACCGCUUUAGAUCCAGACCACCCCAGUGUCGCUCAGUCCCUUCACCAGCUGGCGGGGGUUUACGUGAAUUGGAGGAAAUUCGGAAACGCAGAGCAGCUGUACAAACAAGCUAUGGAAAUAUGUGAAAAUGCCUACGGACCAGAACACAGCACCGUCGCUAGGGAACUGGACUCACUCUCAUUACUCUACCAGAAGCAAAACAAGUAUGAGCAGGCUGAGAAGUUAAGAAAGAGAUCAGUCAAGAUUAGACAGAAAACAGCACGACAGAAGGGCCACAUGUAUGGUUUUGCUCUUUUGAAACGCCGGGCGCUGCAGUUAGAGGAAUUAACUCUUGGUAAAGACUCAGCAGAUUGUGCCAAGACUCUAAAUGAGCUUGGGGUUUUGUACUAUCUACAGAAUAAUCUAGAUGCCGCAAAGGUGUUCUUGAGUCGAUCGCUUGAGAUGCGUCAGCAUGUACUGGGGCCGGAUCAUCCCGACUGCGCCCAGUCUCUGAACAACCUGGCUGCACUCCACAGCGAGAGGAAAGAGUACGAGAGUGCCGAAGAACUUUAUGAAAGAGCACUAGACAUCCGCAAACGAGCGCUCGCUCCUGACCACCCCUCUCUCGCCUACACCCUCAAACACCUGGCUAUGCUUUACAAGCGCAGGGGGAAACUGGAGAAGGCCGUACCUUUGUACGAAUUAGCUCUUGAUAUCAGAGAGAAGAGCUUUGGGCCCAAACACCCCAGUGUGGCCACAGCACUGGUUAACCUAGCGGUACUCUACUGCCAACUGAAGCAGCACAGCGAUGCAUUGCCUUUGUACGAGCGAGCCCUCAAGGUGUAUGAGGACAGUCUUGGCCGACUGCACCCACGUGUCGGAGAGACUCUAAAAAACCUGGCUGUACUCAGUUAUGAAGAAGGAGAUUUCGAGAAGGCUGCAGAAUUGUAUAAACGAGCCAUGGAGAUAAAGGAGGCGGAGCCAUCUCUGGUGUGCAGCAAAGCCCCCUCACAUCACUCAUCCAGUGGCGAUACCUUUAGCCUUCGAAGCCCCGCCAUACCUCACACCACAAGGUGACACCUGACACUUCAACACAUUUAAGGGGGAAUUCUGACCUCUAUUGAUUAAGCCAUAUCGGCUCUGUUUGCUGUGCUCAGGAUACUGUUCUUAAAUAUCUCAAUUAGAGGACAGUUCAUCACUGUCUAGAUGGACAGUUCAAAUAUGCAAAAUAGCAUCUUUGGAAAUUUGGAUAGCACAUCGUGAUUUAGCCAAAUAUGUUCUCAUUCCUACUGUAAUUUACAAUAUAAAUCAACAGUAUUUUCAAGUCUCAGAAAUGCAAAGCUGAGAUGAGAAACUGUGUAUACUUGUAUACUUUCUUACAAUGACUGUUCUUAUAGCACUCUAUUGCAUCAGCAUGCCAUUUCCCUUUAAGUGAAUUGCAAUUAAAUUCAUGGAGUUGUUACAUAGUGUUUAGUGAAAUCACAAAGAUGAACAGAAUAGUGUUAUUGAAGGUCUUCACAAUGCAAAAAUGCUAUUUCUAUAACUUGAAUUUUCUCUGUAUUUACUUUAUAUACAAUUAAUAAUAUUUUGUUUUAAAAGUCAAUUAUCACUGACUUUUAGGUACAAAAUGUAAUCCACUGGCUGAGUCAGAAUUAUAUUUACUUUUUUUAAACAAUGUCAGUAUUAGCUGUUAUGGAAACCUUUUAAGAUCACGUCUCUUCCAAAUACUUUUCACUGGCACGGUACAUCCUGUGAGCAAAUAUAGAAGCAUGUGUGACCUCUAACCACAGUUUUGUUGGCUGAUGAUGGUAGUCAGAGCAUAAAUUUGAAACUGACUGAAUAUUCACCUACCUAUUUAAACAUUUCACACUCUAAACUCUGAUCUAUGAGCUGCUUCCUUUAUGAAAAGUCUUCACCUUUAACUUUAUUUAAAAAAAACAGCAGAACUGUUGCAAAGAACAGAUCAAAAUGGACAACAGCAACUAAAUGUCUCUGUAAGAAAAUGUAUCUGAUUGUAUUUUAUUUUGUGAAAGUCUGAGUGAUUUUUUUUUUUUUUUUUGGGAGCAUUUACAUGGUUCAUCUACAUGGAAUAGAGCAUGUGCAAUAAUUGUGCUUUCUGUUAAGCACUACGUAGUUUUUGUACAUUGUUUAAAAAUGGAUGUUUUGAGUAGGUACUUAAUGAACCCAUAUGAUUCGAUCAUGACCCAUAUAUUGAUAUUGAGAUUGUACUUUUGUCUUUUACUUGUGUGAAUUGUAUUUAAUGUGAAAUAUGAAUGUGCCCAGUCAUGAUGGCAAUCUGUUUACUUAGAGCUAACGGAUAUAAAAGACUGUAUGAAUGCAACGCAUGGAUAUGCCAAACUCUCUAAUUUGUGAAAGUUUGCAAAUGUAUGUGCACAGCAAAUAUAUUUUAACAUACUACUUGGUGCUAAAGCACAAGCAUACCAGUCUAUUAAUGUGCCUCAUUUUAUUAUCUUUGAACUGAAAAAUGAACGAAUUGUAUCAUUACGGACUUCAAUUAAACUUCUUAUAUUGCUUGUGUUACAUUAAAAAAAGAGGUAUGUUUUUACCCAAAUAUAUUUAUGUCCCUUGCAAAAGGGAAAACACCAUGUAUGCUGUUAUUUACCAAUAAAUGUUAUUGAAUGAAAAUGAACA